AGUGGUGGAGUUUGGCAUAAAGUUCAAAUGCUCCUGCACCCUGCCCUGCAGUAUAUCUAACCAGGGGACUUUGAUAAGGAAGCUGAAGGCUGAUAUUACCUUUGCUCCCUCACUGCAACUGAACACAUUUCUUAGUUUUUAGGUGGCCCCCGCUGGCUGACUUGCUGUGGAGUUUUCAAGAGCGUAGAAUCAUCCUUUCACUGUUAAAAGAAGAUGCUGUUUAAUCUGAGGAUCCUGUUGAACAAUGCAGCUUUUAGAAAUGGUCACAGCUUCGUGGUUCGAAAUUUUCGGUGUGGACAACCACUACAAAAUAAAGUGCAGCUGAAGGGCCGUGACCUUCUCACUCUAAAAAACUUUACUGGAGAAGAAAUUAAAUAUAUGCUAUGGCUAUCAGCAGAUCUGAAAUUUAGGAUAAAACAGAAAGGAGAGUAUUUGCCUUUAUUGCAAGGGAAGUCCUUAGGGAUGAUUUUUGAGAAAAGAAGUACCCGAACAAGAUUGUCUACAGAAACAGGCUUUGCACUUCUGGGAGGACACCCUUGUUUUCUUACCACACAAGAUAUUCAUUUGGGUGUGAAUGAAAGUCUCACGGACACGGCCCGUGUAUUGUCUAGCAUGACAGAUGCAGUAUUGGCUCGAGUGUAUAAACAAUCAGAUUUGGACACCCUGGCUAAAGAAGCAUCCAUCCCAAUUAUCAAUGGGCUGUCAGAUUUGUACCAUCCUAUCCAGAUCCUGGCUGAUUACCUCACGCUCCAGGAACACUAUAGCUCUCUGAAAGGUCUUACCCUCAGCUGGAUAGGGGAUGGGAACAAUAUCCUGCACUCCAUCAUGAUGAGCGCAGCGAAAUUCGGGAUGCACCUUCAGGCAGCUACUCCAAAGGGUUAUGAGCCGGAUCCUAGUGUAACCAAGUUGGCAGAGCAGUAUGCCAAAGAGAAUGGUACCAAGCUGUUGCUGACGAAUGAUCCAUUGGAAGCAGCGCAUGGAGGCAAUGUAUUAAUUACAGACACUUGGAUAAGCAUGGGACAAGAAGAGGAGAAGAAAAAGCGGCUCCAGGCUUUCCAAGGUUACCAGGUUACAAUGAAGACUGCUAAAGUUGCUGCCUCUGACUGGACAUUUUUACACUGCUUGCCCAGAAAGCCAGAAGAAGUGGAUGAUGAAGUCUUUUAUUCUCCACGAUCACUAGUGUUCCCAGAGGCAGAAAACAGAAAGUGGACAAUCAUGGCUGUCAUGGUGUCCCUGCUGACAGAUUACUCACCUCAGCUCCAGAAGCCUAAAUUUUGAUGUUGUGUUGCUUGUCAAGAAAGAAGCAAUGUUCUUCAGUAACAGAAUGAGUUGGUUUGUGGGGAAAGGAGAAGAGAAUCUAAAAAAUAAACAGAUCCCUAACACAUGGUAUGGGUGAACUGUAUGAUAUUGCUUUGCCAUUGUGAAACUUUCCUGAAGCCUUUAAGUGCGGAUGCACUGUAAUACAUGCUCAACUUUGCUUAAACUCUCUAAUUCACAAUUUCUGAGUUACAUUUAGGUAUCAUAUUAAUUAUCAUAUGCAUUUACUUCAACAUAAAAUACUGUGUUCAUAAUGUAUAAUGUCUAAGCCAUUAAAUGUAAUCUAUGCUUAUUACCUGAAUAAAUUAUCACCCACGCUAAUUUAUAAGUAAACAUUUACCAGGCAGUGAGCUACUGGUAAAUCUGUGGGCUGCGUUCCUGUCCCCCAGGACCAACUAGAAAGCCAAAUGAUUCAUCUUACAGAUGUGGUACAAUUUUCAGGCCAAUGAGGUAGACAGGCAUUCAUUUAUGGAGGCAAAUAACAAAAUUCUUAAAAUAUAGCUAUUACUGUUCCCAAACUCUGAAGUUUUUUCCAAUAACUUGUGAGAAUGUGGUAGUGGGGAGUUCUUCAAGAGCAUGCAUCUCUUCUCUGUAAUGAGUACUUACUGUUACAAGCCAUAAGAAGCUUUUGUUAGCAAGUGGUAAAACCAUGGAUACCUAGAGUAGCAUUUUCUUAGGUUCAAAUUCUCCAGCAAGAGCAAUUUAAUUUUUUUCAUGUCUGUGUUUAUCAUGCAUCUACUCACACCAUAUGCUGAAUAUUUCCAUAAAUCUACUACUUGCAACAUUUUGGCCAAUCUUUUUCCUCGAAUUUUUCUUUGGGAUAAUAAAAAUUUACAUUAUUGAAUUAUUAUAAUGUAAUUACAACUAGAUUUCUC